GUCAGCAGCUGCCGACAGUUUGGCCCGGGCCUGAGAGUUGUAUAAGCCGCAGCCAUAACACAGCUGCCCCCUGCCCCCUGCCACCCGUGCACGCUCCACUCGAGCAUUGCACAACCGGAGGAGGGGCAGGGACUGGGGGCAGCAUCGAUCGAUUUCACACACCGCUGAACUCCUGGCCGCCCGACUUCCGGCCUGGAAGAGUGUGGUGUGGCCAAGAGCCAAGCCCCAAAAGAGGGCCAAAAGCGGGGCCAAAAGCGGGCCAGCUAUGUAUAAAUGCCAAUGCUGUUGUCAGAAAUGCUGCCACAAAUUUGACGAGAGUGCAACGCGAUGGAGCUGUCCAGAAAAACUUUGAAUGCCUUUGCCCUGCUGCAGCUAAUCCUGUGCCUGCUGCUCCUGCCCGGCUUCAGCUCCGCCCAACUGCAGCAUCAGCCACCGUACUAUCAUACCCAUCAUCCCCGAGCCCAGCUGUACUACGAGGCGCCACGUCUGAGGCGCUACGAGUAUGCCCCGAGCGCCAGCUAUAUCUCUGGCUAUCCGGUGGCGCCCGCUCUGGCAGGACACUAUCAGCAGCAGCAGACGCCGAACUUCCAGCUGAUCAACUAUCGUCCCAGCUACCAGCCCAUGGCCCUGGAGUACCAGCAGCAGCAGCCGCCCGCCCUGCCAGUGCCUGCCCCGGUCCUGCCCUCGAUCUACCCGCAGCCGAGCGUCCAGUACCAGCAGCGAUCCAUUGCGCCGCACUCGGAGCUGUCCAAGUACCGCUACGAGGGGAACUACCUGCCCGUCCAGCGAGUGGCAGCUCCACCUCCACCUCCACAGUUCCAGCAACAGCAGCAGCAACAGCAGCAACUGCGUCGCGUGGAGGAGCCUCUGCAGCAACUGUACAACGUGCCACCGGCUCUGUUCACCAGCGAUGUGUUGCAUGUGAUUCCGCCAAGGCUAGCCAGGCUGCAGGAGCAGCAGCAGCAGCAGCCCCAGACGGAACGUCCUAGACGCAAUGCUCCGGUGGAUGCAGAGGCGGCAGAGACCAGAACCCAGCAAAAGGAGGCACCACCCAUGAAGGAAACCAAGUAUUUUCACGAUAUUUUCAUGCGUUUCGAUGGACCCCAUUCGCGCUCCCACGGACAUGUCCUGAAGCAGCCCAAGGCCGAGGAGCGACGCUUUGAGAUGCAGCGUGGCACCAAUCGCUACAAGGGGGAGGUGAUUUGGACAGAUCGUCAGGGCAGUCAUGGCGAGCAUCGCUGGGACAUGGCCCAGGGAAAACUCUAAGCGAAAACGAUCUCUGAUGGAAUUUUUUU